AGAAAAGAAAAUUUGUGACAUCCUUGAGCGGUUAUCAGCUGCUGGAGCCACCUUGAUAGCCUCUCUACUGCUUGCAAGAUAGGUCCAGCUCAUUCUUCACACACAUAUUGACAACAUGGCAAAGGGAAAAGUCUGCUUGGCCUACAGCGGUGGCCUGGAUACAAGCUGCAUUCUGAGGUGGCUGCUCGACGAUGGCUAUGAGGUCGUGUGCUUCCUUGCCAAUGUUGGACAAGAAGAAGAUUGGGAUGCCGUCGAGAAGAAGGCCCUCAAGAUUGGUGCCACGAAGAUGGUAAUUGAGGAUUUGCAGAAGGAGUUUGUGGAAGAACUGUGCUUCAGGGCUGUGCAGUGCAAUGCUCAAUACGAAGGGCGGUACCUGCUUGGCACGUCGCUUGCACGCCCAGUGAUUGCCCGAUCUCUCAUGCGAGUGGCACAGCGUGAAGGCUGCGACUCCGUGAGCCAUGGUGCUACCGCCAAGGGCAACGACCAACUCCGCUUCGAGUUCGCCUUCUACGCGAUCCAGCCUACCAUCAAGAUCAUUGCUCCAUGGAGGGACCCCGAGUUCUUCAACCGAUUCCAGGGUCGGAACGAUCUGCUCGACUAUGCCGCGGCGACAAACCUUCCGGUUACAUCCACCAAGGCGAAGCCAUGGUCAAUGGAUGCCAACCUCGCCCACUGCAGCUACGAAGCUGGCAUCUUGGAAGACCCGAACCAGGAGCCGCCGAGCGACAUGUGGACCAUGACUGACGACCCGCUGAAAGCUCCCAACGAGCCAAGCAACAUCACCAUCAGCUUCGAGAAGGGUAUCCCGACCAAGGUCGUCACGCCGAAGGGAACCUUCACAGACUCUGUGCAGCUCUUCAAGGAGCUGAACCGUAUCGGAAAAGUCCACGGUAUCGGCCGAAUUGACAUUGUCGAAAAUAGGUUCAUUGGGUUGAAGUCUCGUGGAUGUUACGACUCCCCGGCCAUGACCAUUCUUCGCCUCGCACACCUUGACCUCGAAGGUUUGGUUCUUGAUGGCCAAGUUAGGGCUCUUCGAGACCAGUUCGUCACUCACAACUGGAGUAACUACCUCUACAACGGAAUGUACUUCUCCCCGGAGCGUGCAUUCGUAGAGAACUCCCUGGUCUACAGCCAGCAGAACGUGAACGGCGAGGUCCGGUUGAGCUGCUACAAGGGAAAUACGUACGUCCUCGGCCGUACCAGCAGCAGCGAGAAGCUGUACUCCAUGGAGGAGGCGUCGAUGGACUCGUUGGAGAACUUCAGCCCCGAGGACACCACAGGGUUUAUCAAGAUCCAGACCAUCAGGCUGAAGAAGUACGCGGAUGAAUGGGCCGAGCAAAAGUGAGGUUGCUCCCCUCGGUCAAGGGUUUCUCUUUAUGUUCGUGUUAUUAAGCCGGGGUUAGAUGACUAGAAUCAUGCAGGUGGAUAAUCUCGGGGUCGAAAAGUCCUUCAUUCUGCAUGCUGUUCGAUGUCCCCGUCAUGCUCCAGCUCUACCGUCAACUCACCUUCGUCAUGGGAUUGCAACUGUGCUCAAGCAGCCACCAGCUCACGUUGUCUCCGUAGCACCUAAUCUGUACCGGGUCUCCUUAGCCCGUUCCGUCCAAGGUAUCUUUCUGGGCCAUUCAUUAACUGCACUUCUCCUCUUCUCUCAGAGCGGACCCACUGAGCAGACUUGAAAACGACUCUUGAAGUAGCAGGAAUGCUCCACUGCCCCUGGCUUGCCAACCCGAGGCUUCUGCGUCAGGCAUUUUUGGGAUCUCUGGCAGUCUGCAUCCUUUGGCGUCCUUUUC